AUGGCAGAAGCUUUCAGCAGGACGGCAAUGAUCAGUCUCUACCGUAAGAUACUCCGUCUGCAUAAACGCGUCCUGCCGAAUGAGAUGAAGGAGCUCGGGGACUCCUAUGUGAGGAGCGAGUUCAAGCAGCACAAGAAGGCCAAGGUGGGGGAGGUGAAGGUGUUUGCGCGGCAGUGGAAGGAGUAUCUCUACACCAUCGAAGCUCAGGCAGCCAGUGGGACCUUUGGGCGGAACUUGCGGGAGGAGGAGGCAGCGCACUUGAACCAGGAGCAGAAAGAGAACCUGAAGAGACUGGAGGAGGAGGCGAAGAGAGCGGGGGAGAACUGA